CCGCGUCGAGCCGCCCGAGCCGGGGCGCACCCUGCGCCCCCCGUGACUGACAUGAUGUUUCCGCAAAGCCGGCACUCGGGCUCCUCCCACCUCCCCCAGCAGCUCAAGUUCACCACCUCUGACUCCUGCGACCGGAUCAAGGACGAGUUUCAACUACUCCAAGCUCAGUACCACAGCCUGAAGCUGGAAUGUGACAAACUGGCCAGUGAGAAGUCAGAGAUGCAGCGUCACUAUGUGAUGUACUACGAGAUGUCUUAUGGGUUGAACAUUGAAAUGCAUAAGCAGGCGGAAAUUGUGAAGAGGCUUAACGGCAUUUGUGCCCAAGUCCUCCCCUACCUGUCCCAGGAGCAUCAGCAGCAGGUCUUGGGAGCCAUCGAGAGAGCCAAGCAAGUCACAGCCCCCGAGCUGAACUCCAUCAUCCGGCAGCAGCUCCAGGCUCACCAGCUGUCCCAGCUGCAGGCUCUGGCUUUGCCCCUGACACCGCUGCCCGUGGGGCUCCAGCCACCCUCGCUCCCUGCAGUCAGCGCGGGCACCGGCUUGCUGUCCCUCUCUGCACUGGGCUCGCAGGCUCACCUCUCCAAAGAGGACAAGAACGGACACGACGGGGACACCCACCAGGAGGAUGAUGGCGAGAAGUCAGAUUAGCCCUGGGCACAGGGCGUUUGGGGGGUGGGACGGGGAUGGGGAGGGUGGGAGGGGGGACAGCAGGGGAGACUGGCACAGAGAGGUGCAGUGUUCAGAGGGCCACACACAGCAUGGAUGUGAGGGUGAUCUAAACUCAGCUUGUGUUUAUAAUAGCCACCCCAGCUUUGACUCUCCAUCCCUGGCUCUGACCCCAAAGGGAGACUCCAGGUCAUAGGGAGCACGCCCCCUGAGAUUCAUUCAUCCUCCUCACACCCGUUCCACACACAUUGACAGCUGGCUCAGGGCUCCUCUGCAGCCACCAGCCUUGGCCCAGAACAUGAUGCUUCCCACCCUGGGCACUGCAAAUCUGCCCCCCAGAGCCCCCAGCUCUCCCUUCUCUGCUUCCUGCCCUGCACAUCUGCUCUGCUAGGGUCCAGACACCCUCCCCACCCACCCCUCACCCACAAAAGAAAGGGGCGAGGGAGGCAACAGCAAGCUUGGCUUGGAGACUGCACUGUGGGGUUGGGGGUGGGCACCCCAUGAAUUUCUCUUCUCCCUUUCCCCCCAAUAAACUUGAGGGUUCUGAAGUUGCUCUGUUUAUUAUUCUUUUUCCCCCAGUAUGCUCGCUUGUCUUUUAAGAAAGGGGAUUCAAGAGAAAAAAAAAAGAUAAAAAUGUUUAAAGAAAAAAUUCAGAGCAUCCGCUUGUGUCUGUGUAUAUAGUUAGCUGCGGUCGCGUUGUCUUUGAUCUCUGCAGAGAGAAGUGGGAAAUGCUGUAUUGAAGGUGGGUUCUAGCUGUGCCUUUCAAAUAAAAACAUUAAAAGGUUG